GAUCGGGUAAUUAAUUAUGGGUUCUCCGGCGCUAAAUCGUAAAUCUCCUAUAGACACGCUUCAUGGUUCAUAGUUCAUACAUUCUCUUCUAAUUUCCUUUCACAGAGAACCUGUCGUCUCCGAUCAAACCCCGUUGCUUCGUCUCUCUGAUCCUCUUUUUGUGUGUAUCUAUCUAUCUCUUUCUCUAACCCUUCUAUUAUUUACUAGCUGAACUAGAGUUGGAAGGUCAUAUUGAUCACAGUGUACAUUAUAUUUCAAGGAUGAAUAUGCAGCCAGUUGUGCAGACAAGAUCUUCUGCCAAUGGAUUUGGUCGUCGCAGAACGGGUAGAGAAACUGGAAUAAAGUUGCAGAGUGCAAAAACAAAUUCCAGUCGAUUGACAAGUGUAGGUCAAAAGGGAGAUUCUGAAAUCCCUUCACGUGAUCGCCUUGUAUAUAUAACUGCUUGCCUUAUUGGACAUCAAGUGGAAGUACAGAUGCUGGAUGGCUCCGUCUUUUCAGGGAUACUUCAUGCAACUGAUACUGUUCAAGAUUUUGGCAUUGUUCUGAAGAUGGCACGCUUGAUUAAAGAUAGUUCUCAUGGGCCCAAGAGUAAUUCACAAUCUCUUAGCAAGCCUUCUUCAAAGACAUUCAUAAUACCAUCUAAAGAGCUUGUGCAAAUUACUGCUAAGGAUGUGCCUGUAACUUCAGAAGGAUUCAAAUAUGACUUACAACAGGAAGCACAGCUGGAUUUAAUGACAGAUUCUUGCAUAUCACAGUCCCGGCAAGUUGAGGUGGGGCGAGAGCUGGAACGUUGGGUACCUGACAGUGAUGCUCCUGAAUGUCCCGAACUGGAUAAUAUAUUUGAUGAGCAUUGGAACAGGGGCUGGGAUCAAUUUGAAGCAAAUGAAACACUAUUUGGUGUAAAAAGCACAUUCAAUGAGGAGUUGUAUACAACAAAGCUUGAGAGAGGCUCUCAGACAAGGGAGUUGGAAAGAGAAGCUUUGAGGAUAGCUAGAGAAAUUGAAGGCGAGGAAACCCGUGAUCUUCACCUGGCUGAGGAAAGAGGACAUCAACUUCAUGGACACCUUGAAAUUGAUGAGGAAACCCGAUUUUCAUCAGUCUUUAGGGGGGUUGAUGAUAGUGGAUAUGAUGAUUGUGAGGAAAUUUUGUUGGACUCCUGCAAUGAUGAAACAUUUCAGGGUAUCUCUAAUUCUGUAACGAGGAAGUCGUUCAUUGGUAUUAGCAGCAACGAAUCUGAUAAUGGAGCUCAAUGCCUAUCAAGAACUUCAACCAUGGAUGAAGCACAAUCUUCCUUGUCAAGUACUAGUAGGGAUGUUUAUUGGACUGGUAUUGAUGAUCAGGCUAAACAGUUGUCAGCUGAUCAUGUUCCCAUUACGGAGGAGCGCAGGGCUCAUGAGAUUCAGCCUAGUGGACAAGAGGGAACUAGUAGCUUUGAUGAGGAUAAUGUGAAGCAAAUGUUGGCUGAAGAGGGUGAAAAGCUGAAGCCUGAGGAUCUAAAACCAUUUCAAAAACUUAAAAUUGAUAGCUCUAGUAAGUGUGGAUUGCCAUCAGAUGUCAGUGCAUUGCAUGUUUCAGCCGAGAGUGAGAAGAUAAACUCUAGUGCUAAAUCAGAGGGUGCAGUGCCUUCAAAAACUCAGGGUAUAAAAUCUGCUAGUUGUGCCUGGCCUAGUGCUGAUGCAGGGGGUACAGCCUCAUUGACAACUGGGACUGAAUUGUCACGGAGCUCAUCUGUGAGUUCAUUGUCGUCAGAAAAGUCAACAUUGAAUCCUUAUGCUAAGGAGUUCAAACUAAAUCCUAAUGCAAAGAGUUUUGUCCCAUCUCCAACACCUUUGAGACCUGCAUCUCCAGUCUCGGAUGGUUCCUUAUAUUAUCCUGCUAAUGUGGCUGCUGUCCCUCACAUGCAAGGCAUGACUGUUGGCAUUGGGAUUGCACCACCCUUUACUGGAUAUCAGCCAUAUAUUUAUAAUCAACAAGUUACACCGGCUCCUCAGCCAUAUUAUCAUCCGAAUGGACCUCAGUAUGGACAGCAGAUGUUACUUGGUCACCCUCGUCAAGUUAUGUACAUGCCAAACUACCCUCAUGAAAUGCCGCACAAGGGAAGAGAUUUUUAAUGAGAUGAUUGACACAAUGUUUCUGCAAUGCCUUGGGCAAUUGCGGUUAUAGGAAAUAAACUUCUGACACUUUGACUGCUUGGAACUAUUUUUUAUGUAUCUUUGGUGAGCACUAGAUAGCUGAUAAGGGGUUCCAACAUUUCUCUUAGCGUCGUUCCAGGUGAUGGGAAGUUUGUUAUUUCAUGGUUUUUUAAAUUUUUUUUAGUUUUAUUUAUUUUAUUUUUCUUUAAAACACAGAUGGAUCAAGUGUUCUGUUGUUGAACUUGUUUUCUUUUUAAUUUAGUGGAUAGAUAGUCUCAGGUCAUUUGUGUAACUUAAAAUCCCAUGCGUUUUGGCUCUUUCAUUAUUUUCCGGGUAAACAAGUGUA